ACAAGGCAUUGUGUUUGUAUGAUAUUUCUUAUAUCGCAGGUAAAGCCAUAGCAUAAAAAUAUAGGCAUAUAAAACUAAUAAAAGAAUUUUAGUAAUUUGUCAAGUUUAUACAUACAAAAUAUAUAAAAACACGUCUUGUUCUAGAACUUUUAAAGAUUAGGUAUUUACAAUAAAUUGAUAUAAAUAAAUUUAACAACGUAAACGGGCAUUAAUAUGCAACGUGUAUAUAAAAAGUGUUUUAUAACUGUAGGAACAACCCAAUUUAAUCUCCUUUGUGAAUAUAUUCAGACAUCGCAAAUAUUAAAAGCUUUAAAAAAACUUGGAUGCACUGAAAUAAUAUUUCAAAUAGGAAACAGCAACUGUGAACCCAGAGUUUAUGAGAAAGAAGGUAUCAAAAUCGAUCUCUAUAGAUUCAAAGAUUCUUUAGACGAGGAUAUUAAAAACGCAGAUUUAAUUAUCAGUCAUGCUGGUGCAGGGAGCUGUUUAGAAGCUUUAAACGCAAAUAAACCACUUCUGGUGGUUGUAAAUGAGGAUCUAAUGGAUAAUCAUCAAAUGGAGCUAGCAGAACAGUUACAGAUUGAUGGACAUCUUUAUUACUGCACAUGCGACACUCUUGAGAGUACUUUAGAGACGGUAGACUUCAACUGGCUCUCACCAUUCACUAAGCCUAAUCCUUCAGCCUUUAUCAGUUAUCUGGAUGAUAUAUUCAAGGUUGCAGUGAAUACAUGAUUUAUAAUUAUACAA